AUGAAACGAACUUGGAAUUAUUUGAUGAAAAUGCUACAAUCGUCUUUUCUACGCAAUAUCAACGAUGAAUGGUCGUCUAAAUUGUAUGCAAUGUUCGAGACUAGAGCAAAAGCGAUCAGAGACAACGAACAUUUACGCUUGUGUGAUCAACUAGAAUUUACAUCAUCACCUAUCGCAUCUGACUGCGCAAUAUUUCCUCAUUUGCAUCAACAAUAUUUGAGUCUUAGUGGAUUAGUAGAUGAAUGUCUCGCCAAUAGUUCAUCAGAAAAAUGGAAGCCAUUAACGAAAUGGUGCACGGAACAAUUGUUAUCCGACGAUGCACGAUUGCGGCCAAACGAAAUCAAGGCUAUGUUGCUGCUAAAAAUCUACUAUGAUUAUUAUUGUCAAGCCGAUAAUGAGAAUCUUCAUAGCAUAUUCGAAGCAUUAGUAGAGGAAGUUGAUGAACUUGAAUUGCGAGAGGAAAAAGAACGAGUUUUUAGAGCGAUACUUGAACCGGAAAAAUAUUUAAUAGGCUAUAAUGACGAUGCAGACGAAACAAAUGUUUUAAAUGGUUUAUUCAAAAAAACUUUCAGAUCGGAAGAUGAACUCUAUUUGCGGCAUGCUCUGAUGAAUUUGAUGGCUUCGAUCUGUUAG